CAACGUAGUUAUUAUAGCACGAAAUAUGAGUCUAAAAUGCCAAAUACUUGCAACUAUUAUGUUAAUCACUGAAAUCUUAGUGUACUAAUUGCUCGCUAUAAGCUAGGUUAUUGCGCCCCUAAACCAACGUACUGACAACGCUACCUCCCCGGAACUCAAACUUUAACUGAACAGUGACCAGCCCACCAGGUAGAAUAUCCAUGACACCUCCUUGAAACACUCUUGAUCUGACCUCGCACAUUUUUUUUUACUCGUUACUCCUCAUUAACUUUUGAUCAAUGUAGCCAGAAUAUCAAAUGGCUGAUUUCGAUGAAAGAAGUAGUACAGUGACAGUUGACACUAAUUGGGGGAGCUGGUUUCAGACAAUUGAUGAAGUAUUUGUUGAAAUUGAUGUGAAUGAGGGGACAAGAGGCAAAGAUGUGAAGUGUGACAUCACUUCAAAGAAAAUGAGGGUGACAGUUCUUGGGAAGGUAGUCAUAGAGGGUGAAUUCCCAAAGCCAGUUCAUGCUGAUGAAGUUCUUUGGACGUUAGAGGAUAAAAAGCUGGUAAGAAUAUGUCUUCCAAAGGCCGAACCAUCUGCAUCGAACUGUUGGCACUCUCUUCUUGUCGGCCAGUAUGAAGCAAACCUUUUCCAGCAAGAUGAAAUGCAGAAAAAGCUCACUUUACAGCGUUUCCAGUACGAGGUAAAGAAACAGUUCACUAUGGAUCGCUUGUGACAAGGAGAGAAUUGAUGAUAAUCCUGGCAUGGAUUUUAGUGGUGCAAAAAUUACUGGAAACUAUGAUAAAGGUGGACCUGAAUUGGAUAAGGCUUGAUACAAGUUACUUUAAGAACUGGUUUGUUUGGCAGAUAAAGCAUUAUUUCAUCUGGCAGUAAAACCACAGAACUUCGAUGCUAGCACAGGACUUAAUAUAUGAGACGAUACGGGUGACUGGGAGGCAAUCUUUUCUGUCUAAUGGUGGACCCUUUAUCUCAUGGACAUACUGGGAAACUAACCCCAGAACCUUGGAGACGACAGGAGCUGAUGCUUUCAUUGCAUCACCCAAUCAGCCAGAGGGCAAUUUGUGACCCCCAUGCUUGGAUUGCUUGUUUGGCGUGGCCUGGCAACAACUUGAAUCCAUUGGUGCUAGUUGUGACUUCAAGAAAGCUAAUGUAAUGAUAUUGGACUUCUGUAACAUUUGUGUCAAGUCUUCCAGGUUUUAGGUUCACAUAGAUGUGACACAAUAAAAAACAUGGCUGUCAUCACCAAAA